AGAGAGAAAGUGAGGUGCAGUGAGAACAGAGUUAGAGACAAAGAGGAAGAGAGAGGUAGAGCGAGGUGUCCGCGCAGCUCCUCCUGGCUCAGAUGAUGAGGAGGAGAACUUGCAGUAUGUGUGUGUGCAGUCAUGGGAGCGGACGCUGAUGUGCGCGCCACCGCGCGUAAUGCGCUCCGUGCGUCGGACAUGGGCUCGAAGUGUGAAAGUUACUACAGCAAGGAGAGGGUGUUCGUGGAGGGAUUCACGUGUCCGAGAGCGGACAAUGACUCCACGGCUCUCUACUGCUGCGGCUUCAGUGACUUGAAGUACUGUUGUGACGACCCCAACAGCUUCUUCCCAUACGAGUAUGGAUACAUGUGGUGGUUGAGUCUGGGAGCUCUGGUGGGUCUCUCUGUAGCAGCGUUGGUUCUUCUAGCCUUCAUCAUCACCCUGUGUGUACUCUGCUAUCUGUUCAUCACCACCAAACCCAGAGGACUGGAUAAUGGGCUGCCCCUUCGAGCACCAGGUUCAUCAUCAAGUCCACAAGGACCAGGACCGAGUCAUAGCAGCGCACCUCCUGGACCUCAAGGCUUCAGGAAACACUUCCUGAGGGGCAAGCUGGACUGUGACAACCAGCCGCCAGACCCAGACCGCCUUUUCCAGCGUUGUUUCAUGGCUACUGUGACAUCCAUCAACGUCGAGAGUCCUGCAUAGACUCGUAGACUAUUCGACAUUUGGUUCGGCUACUUUAACUUUGAUUAUUCUACCAUCCUCCCUCUACUGAAGGUUCAAUUUAGAAUGUCACAUAAUCUUAAAGAUAAAUUGACAUUUGACAAAAUCAAAUGUAAACCUUGAGGACCAAAAAAUGUAGCAGGGGAACAAGAUGAGACCUUGAUUGCUUUAUAUGUAGGCUUUUGCUGCUGAAGCAAACAACAUUUUCCAUUGAAAUCUCUUAUUAUUUGGUUUCCAGUUAGAUCAAAACCCCAUUAUGAAAGCGGUCGUGAUGUGCUGGAAUUGUGUCAUCAAACAUUUUCAUUUUGGUAAAUCUGCGGUAAAUGGUCUACCAUUUAAAUUAAUCUCUUAGAUUGAAAUUCUCUAAAGUUUAUUGUUUUUAUCACCUCUUACUGAAAUUUAUGUUUAUAUAAACUUGAAGAAAAACAUGAAGGAUUUAUCAAUUUAAAAUAAGUUUUUAAAAUAAGAUCCAGAAAGAAUAACCUCAGCAUGUUGAACAAUGAAUAACCACUGAUAUAAUAUUUUUGAUAAACAACAAGAACAUCUGCAUCUAUGUUUCUGAGUUCCUCGUGUUUACCUGGAUAUAACCCGGUGGCCAAUAACCAAUAACUUUGCUUUUACACUGUUAUAUAAAGCUUUAUUUAUUAUUGAGCUGAAUAUUACAAAUUCAAAAAGGAGGAGCAUUCAGGACUUUGAUGUAAAAUGUGAAAGUACAGGAUCUUCAAGCAGCCUGGUGUAUAUAGACCUGGAGGCAGUGUCUGUAGGCCCUCUGGUCUAAACGUCUCAACAGCUGUCAGAAGAAUCCUUAUUCAUUCAGUCUCCUGAGGAUUGAAUCCUACUGACUGUGGAUUCUCUGACUUUUUCUUUUGGGCCACCAUGAGGUUUAGUCUUGUCUCGAAAAGUAGUGGAUGGAUUAGCAUUAAAUAUGGUACACACCCACACACACAUACACAACCACACACACACACACACACACAAUAUUUUAAAAGUUCCCUUCACGAUAAAAGAUUUUUACUUUGCACAAAACUUUAGUCACGAACCAACCAUUGAACAUAUUUCUUAGAGGUGACAUUAACAAGAAAAUAACUGUUGCUAUAUUUACUUAAAUACAGGGUCAGAUACAUUGAAAUGUAACCUGACAUAUUUAAUUCAAUUAACACACAAACAAUGAUGCCAAAAAUAGAGCUGUGCAUGUGUGAGAUGUCAGUCACACCAGCUGUAAUGUCAACAGACUGCCUCCACAGCCUGAACGUGACACUCUAAAAAAAAAUCAAGGACAUUUUAACAAGCAACAUUUUAUGGGAACAUUUGUCUAUUUUUUAAAGAAUCAGCCAACAUGUUUCAUCUUAUGUGGACAUGCAAAAGUUCCUACCUUUACUGAAUAAUUUGCUUUAUAUUGUAAACUUUGUGCUGUGUAAAUGAAGCUUGAGCAAUGGCAUAAACCCCACCAAAAUAAAUACUUUUAUUUACUUCGAUAUUUUGCAUUUCAGAAGUUGGCUGAAUGAAGAGAAGGCACAAUUGUUGAUUCACAGUUUGAUGCCCAUGUACUGAAAUUGUUUUGAUUGCAUCAAAGCAGAAACUGUUGAACUGUUGAGCCAUGAAUUCUCAGAAUAGUCAUGUAAUGUCUGUGUUUUGUUCACUAGCUUUGUACUUUGCGUGAGAUAUUUGGCAGCUCAAGUGCCUCUGACCUUGCACAUGUGUAUUUUCCAAACUUAUUAAAGGUACAAC